UGAAACUCGAUUUCCUCGCGUUACUUAAGAAUCAUCUGAGGCGUUCAACCAAUCAGGAAGAGGAUGCUUUUCUCGGAAUUGCAGACAAACUUUACAUAGUUUCGCGGAAUAAUGCGAACGACGGUGGUGCUCAAGUGAUGUUUGUCUCUUUCGCCUUAUCUUUUCUUUUCUCGUGGUAAGCUGUGAACCAAAUCAAUUCCAUGUGAGACUUGAAAAUCUCAUGUAGGUUAAAUAUUCCAUGUCGCUGGUGACCUAACUUCCAAAGUAAAAAAUAUGAGGAGAAAUAAACGACCCUUAAGCGAGGAGUGUCAUGACUCAUCGAGAACGAAGAGACUGUGCAGGUCUGUUAAAGGACAGGGACGCAGCCAAAGAAAUGACAGUAGAACACGGCAGUCACGAAGGUUUUCUCAGGAAAGGCGAGAAAUUGACAGAAAUGGAGAUAAAAACCGUGCGCUGGCUGAACUUCAGCAAAAAAGAGAUCCCAAUCCUCUCAAUUAUAUGGCGUUAGAUAAAAUCUGCAAAUCAAACUCUCCUGAUGAGGGUAUACUGGAACUGUUCAACAAUUCCAAACGAUUUGAGGCUCUGUUGAAGACAGAAACAAUACGACCCGAUCUGAUGAAGCUUGUCAUUCGAGCUAUACACAUGUGCUGCUCACCAAAUGAUAAGAAAGAGAUUGCUAACAAAAUGCUACGUACGGUAAUUAAAACACAUUUUCUGCAGUUGCAUAUAAACAAGUUUAUCAGCGAAAUGUCCAAUGUCUCAGAGUUUGGUAACAAUUACCAGCCUGAUGAACUGGUCUUGCUGUUAGCAGAAGUUUUCCUGGAGUUGUUGCAGAGAUUUGAACAGGACGUAGUUCACUUCAUUCCCAAUGCCCAACUGAGUGAGACAGUCGGAGAUCUGAAGAGUAGAGGACUUCUACAAGACGCAGAGAUGUUGGAGAAGAAACUUCAACAAGUCAAGGAGUACAAAGAUGAAAUAAAUCGCCGGAAAACAACUCACCCAGACGAAUCUCAGCUAACUCCACCCGAGGAUUUCCGCUAUAUGAGCGUGAUUCCUCAAGUAGUGGAUUUGGAACCCCAUAACAAGCCGUUUCUUCGAAAAAACGUGGUUGGUGGAAAUUACUUAGACCAGGAGCACUAUUUAGACGUGCAGUUUCGACUUUUAAGAGAAGACUUCAUCUUGCCUCUUCGCAAUGGAAUAAAGCAGCUUAAAAAGGACCGUAGUCCCGCGGGAGCAAGUAACGUAAGCCACAGCAAACGUGCGCGAGAUGUUCCCGUGUACCGUAACGUCACAAUCUUAUACCCCGUAUGCAGCGGAAAGGGAAUGGUUUACAGAAUCCGGUUCGACUCAUUUCACCGGGAUGUACGUCACGUAAAAUGGGAGAAGAAGAGCAAGCUUUUCAAGUUUGGCUCGCUACUUUGCCUUUCGGCCGACGAAUUUCGCACUCUUUUAUUUGCGACCGUGGAGAAUCGAGAUUCACGCGACCUUUGUGUUGGCGAGCUUGAAGUACGAUUUGAAGAUGCUCACCUUGAAACUCUGAAUCAGUUGAUUGAGGAUAAAGAGAAGUUUGAUAUGGUAGAAUCCCCAGCGUUCUUUCAAGCCUACAGACACGUUUUGGAAGGUUUGCAGGAAAUUAAGGACGAUGAACUUCCGUUUGCAGAGCAUAUCGUUCAAUGCAAUCAAGAUGUGAAGCCACCUGCCUAUGAAAACAAAAGUAGAGGUUUUUUCGACAUGAGUGGAAUAAUAGAAGAAGGAGUGGACUUGACAGCAUUCCAAGCAAGUAACACCAUGGAAAACAUGGAAACUGAGUCAGUUUCCCGUGAAGAUAGUGUCGUCUCCGAUUAUCACGAUUUACGCAAUCGUGAUGGGGGGUCAGAUACCAAAGAUGCCGAUUGGGGUACGCCCGAUCUGGAGUUGCUGUCCGAAGUCGUUUCAGCAAGUUUGGACAUCGAUUUGGAGUCAGUUGCCACUUAUGAGCUCUCAAUCAAUGGUAACGAAGGUUCCAAUGAGGGAACUCCGGUAGACGAGCGACCCGCUGGUGUCUUGAAUAUUUACGACUUGGAACUCAAUCCAGAAGACCUGGGCUUCAACAAGUCACAGAUGAGUGCGUUCAAAAUGGCUCUGACAAAAAAUUUUGCGGUGAUACAAGGACCACCAGGUACUGGGAAGACGUACGUUGGUCGUAAGAUAGCGCGUGUUCUGCUCCAGAGCAGCGCUUUGCGGGAGAAUGAAAACGAACCGUCGCCAAUUUUGAUGGUGUCUUACACAAACCACGCCUUAGACGAUUUCUUGAGUGGUCUUCCAAAAGAAGGUAUCGUGCGAGUUGGUGGACGUAACUGUGAAAAGUUGAAGGGCUGCACCCUGAGGGAUCGGCGCGAGGAAGCGGCUGCCAACAAGCUUACUCCAUACCAAAUCUACCGCGCAAGAAAAAACGCUCAAUGGGAGAUCAAAGAGUUAAACAGAGAUGGUGCCCUGGAUCUUUGCAUUACUGUUCUGAAGUACUCCAGAAGAAGGAUUCUGGCCUUUCGCGUACUGGAGAAGUUCAUGUUAGCUCGUCAUGCCAGGUGGUUUAAAGCUUCGCAAGAGGACAGUGACUCUCUGUUGUGUGAAUGGUUAAACUUACAUUGUGAUAAAGAGCGGAAGGAUUCCAAAAGCAAUGGACAUGAUAUGGACAGGAACAAAGAUUUUCAUAUGCAGGAGUCAGCUCGGAAUUUCUCGAACGAAGAUGAUUACGAAGACAUCGAGGAGGACGAAGCGGUGAAGCCUGCAGAUGUGACUAUUGGCACGACUGAAAACACUGCAAAACUUCGGAGGGAUCUUCUCAGAGAUAAAGUCAUGAGUGAUCGCGAAGAGAGAAAUAGUCGGUCCGACCUGUUAGGAUUUUCGCGACGUGACCGAUGGAAUCUGUACAGGUUAUGGCUUCAGAAAGCAGAGAAGUACUACAUGAAGAAACUUCAGGGAAAACAGCCAGAUUUCGAAAGAGCAUUGGCGCGGAAGUUUGAUGUGAUGCGCGAAGAAGACUUUCAUGUUCUCCAGAGUGCGAAGAUCAUUGGAAUGACUACUACCUGUGCCGCCAGAUACCGCCGCACACUCCAGCGGAUUCGCCCUAAAAUUGUAUUGGUCGAGGAAGCCGCUGAAGUACUGGAGGCUCACAUAAUUACGUCACUGACCAAGGAGUGUCAACACUUGAUUUUGAUUGGUGACCACAAGCAACUCAGACCUAAACCGGAAGUUUUUGAAUUAGCCAUGAAGUACCACCUGGAUGUGUCCCUGUUUGAGCGAAUGGUAAAGGUGGGACUUUAUUGCGAGACACUCAACGUUCAGCAUCGCAUGAGACCUGAAAUUGCCUCCUUGAUGAAGCACAUCUAUGACGAUCUUGAGAAUCACGAGUCUGUGGAGGAGUAUGAAGACAUCAAAGGAAUUAAGAAGAAUAUGUUCUUUAUCAACCACAGUCAUUUGGAGAAUCCUUUUGAAGACUCUAACAGUCACGUGAAUGAUCACGAGGUUCAGUUUCUUGUGGCCUUGUGUCGUUAUCUGUUGCAGCAAGGUUAUGAAGCCCACCAAAUUACCCUUUUGACAACUUACACGGGGCAAAUGUUCGCCAUCAGAGACUGUGUCCAAGAGAAAGAAAUUGAAGAUCUUAACCAAGUAAGUCUGACCACAGUUGACAACUUUCAAGGUGAAGAAAAUGACAUCAUUCUUCUCUCGCUCGUGCGCAGCAACAAGGAUGACAAGGCUGGCUUUAUCCAGACCGAAAACCGCGCAUGCGUGGCGCUUUCUCGUGCCAGAAAGGGUUUCUAUUGUAUUGGAAACUUCGCCCUUCUCUGCAAACACAGUGACGUCUGGAGCAAGGUUAUUGACGAUUUGAAAGUAAGUGGUAGCUUUGGGGAGGCCUUACCCCUUAUUUGUCAAAGCCACAAAGAAGAGAUCACAGCAAAAACAGCCGAAGAUUUCGAAGAGAAAGCUCCUAACGGGGGUUGUCAGCGUCCUUGUGAAGUGCGCCUGGAUUGCGGGCAUGCCUGCAAACGAUCAUGUCACCCAUUUGAUGUUGAGCAUUUGAAAUAUGUCUGUAAAGAGCAGUGCGCCCGGUACAUUGUCGGCUGUGACCACAUGUGCAGAAACCUCUGUUAUCAGAAAUGUGAAAAAGACUGUGGAGCGUUGGUGGAGAGAACUCUACCAUCCUGCGGACACAAGACAACCGUGAGGUGCGGUAUGAGCUUAAACAAGGCAAACUGCAAGGAGCAAUGUGAAAAAAUUCUACCCUGCUCUCACCGCUGUCAGAGCCGCUGCGGUCAAACUUGCACAAAAAAAUGCCUAGAGCCUGUCAAUAGAACAGAUUGGCCAUGUGGACAUGGAGAAAAUAUUGCUUGCUCAACAACUCCGGCAGAUUGCCCCAAGCGAUGUCGAACCCUUUUGGAAUGUGGCCACCCGUGCUCUGGGAACUGUGGGGAGUGUCGCAUGGGUCGAGUUCAUAAGCGGUGCAAGAACAGGUGCAAGCGUGUAUUGGUUUGUUCUCAUGAAUGCCUGUCAUCAUGCACAGGAUUCUGCCCGCCAUGUAGGAUGUCAUGUGAAAACCGUUGUACGCAUUCGAAUUGCAAACGCUCCUGUGGGAAGGCGUGCGAGCCUUGCGCAGAAAAGUGCAACUGGGAAUGCUUCCAUUUCAGAUGUAGCAAAUUGUGUGGUGAGUUAUGUGAUCGCCCAAGAUGUGACCAGCCCUGUAAAAAGUUCCUCCGUUGCGGAAGUGAGCGUCGUCCCCAUCGCUGCCGUGGUUUGUGUGGAGAGAAAUGCAUUUGUGUGGUGUGCACGAAUAACGAUGGCGACCCAAUUACCAAAACAUUUUUGGGCGGAGAAGACGAAAAAGAUGCACGUUUUAUUCAGCUUCCGGACUGCAAACACAUCUUCGCAGUAAAAGAUCUUGAUUACUACAUGGGUACAUCCCAUCUCAACGAAGAGAACUGUGACGUGAUUCAACUGAAAACUUGUCCUCGAUGUAAGAAGGGGAUCCGUACGAGCCUGCGAUAUGGUAAUAUUAUUAAACAGCAGUUGCUUGACAUUGAGAAAGUGAAGGCCAAGGUCAACGGGAAUCCGGUUGACAUCCAGGCUGCAAAGAAAGAUUUGGAAAUACGUUUGAGAGUUUUAAAGCCAAUGCUUGAGGUGGAGGAGGACAAGAGAGACUUGUACACUCUACAGCGUCGUGUGACUAAAAUGUCGAACAUGUUUAUAGCAGCUAUUACCACAAACCAGGUGAUGCUGAUGAGGCGAUUUGCCGAGAUAAAACAGAAGCUGAAGGACAAUCAGUUUAAUAAGACCCAGAGCCAAGUCAGCAAUGAAAGUCGUGUGGAAGAGGUUUCAUUGCAAGAGGAUUUGAAGUAUUUGAAGAAGCGUGCGAUUUCAGAAGAAGUCACAGAGCGAGAAUUAAAAGACAUAAACCUGGAAUGUACCAGGGUCAAUCUGCGAUCUGAGCUGUAUCUGCUGAAAGACAGCCUCACAAGCUUCAAUUUGACUCUAGAGGAAUCGCAUGGUCAGGUGUUGAAAAAUGUUUGCGAUGAGUUGUCCACUGGUAAAAUAAUACAAGUCCAGAGGUUGGACGAGCUGUUAGAUAUGCUGUCUGAAAUCAGAAAAGCGUACCCACGUCUGUUACCGUUGACGCCAGAAGAAAAACAACAGAUUGUGACUGCAAUGGGCCUCAAACAAGGUCAUUGGUACAAAUGCCCCAAGGGACAUAUUUACGCCAUUACCGAGUGUGGCCGCGCUAUGGAGAAAAGCACGUGUCCUGAUUGUGGAGCUGUGAUUGGUGGAGAAAGUCACAGACUGGUAGAGGACAAUGAAGUGGCGACUGAGAUGGUUGGUGCGAGGUACCCGGCUUGGUCUGAACAGGCGAACAUGGAAAAUUACAUGAUCGACGAGGCGUAGAAAGGUUUAUAGCUGCUUUCAAAACCUAACAGGCAACUUGAUUGAUUAUAAAUUCAGAAGACUACUUGGACAGUGAAACUUAAGGGGCAAGGCGUGUGUUUUGCUGCCUCACGUUUCGCAGGCGUUUCGCAGGCGUAGCGAAGGCCCAAGUGUUAAAAAAAAAGUUAAUACAGGUUUGCAACAAAUAGGGUGAUUUUAGUACUCAAGGGUAAUUGGUUUGACUUGGAACGUACUCAGACGAUUUUUCAAACCGAGGUCUGAUAAAAGUGUAUUCUUUUUAGGCGUGCGCGAUAGGAACAAUUCUGCCCAGCCGCGUGCCAAUUUCCCGCGCAAAACAUCUUAGGAUACACAUAAGAAACAACCACUGUCUCGCAAGAUAAACGAAAGAAAGAAAUAUGGAAAAGGAAACAAAAGUAGAGAAGAGGAAAACUCAAGACUCAAGAUUCUGUUUUGAGCUUUACCAAAAAUGACUCACUAGCUUGUGUGGCUGUUUGUAACUCGUGUGAAACAACUUGGUUCUGAAGCCUGAAAACAAGCCACCUAGCCAUUAAAAUGUUCGCUCAUGCGCAGACGUUUGACGGCUGCGUUGGUAUUACGCGACGUCUAAUUCAGGUCUUUUGCAUUGAAACAAAUAGGAAAUAAUUACACUGAUCGCACAUAACUUUCAUUGGGAGUGUCGUUAAUCGUUGAUUAUUAAUCUUAAUUUCUAUACCGCUUUCUUUGAGCCAGAUCACUUCAAACCUAACCGAAACUCGAAUCAACUAAGACAAGAGAUAAUAAUCUCUUGGCUAAGAGGAUCUCAAGAUAAACAUCAGGGCAGUGGCCAAGCUCAUGUACCGUUAACAGGAAAGAUUGAAUCAUUUGAUAGCUUUUCUACAAUGAAACAUACAUUCUUUUGUUUUCCCCUGACAAAUCAUCGAGAGGUUUCUGCUUUCAGUUUACCAUAUACGCUUUCAAAGAAUAUUUUAAGAAAAUCCCUCUGAUUAUUGGAAGAAAAGAUUAUUCCUGGCUUUAUUUCCUCCAAAAAAUCGGAUAUUAGAUGCUAGUGUCCUAUUUUAGAUAUUGGA